AGGGCAGAUGCCCCCAUUCAUCAGGACACGUGGGUCACCAGCCCUCCUACCCUCAUCACAGCAGAUGGGGCAUAGCUGCCUCGCAGCCCGAUGUGAUGGUGGGGGGCUGAUGGCGGUGCUGGGAGAUGUGGGCAUCCCCUUCAACCCUCUGCCUCCAGUCCUGAGGAGCACCAUUGAGGCAGGGAGGGCUCCAGACUCCUCCUCCACCCACUUUGAAGCCUCCAAUGAGCCCAGGGGACAAUACUCAGACUGCCUUUCCUUCUUUUCCUUUCCCUUCCCUCCUUCCAUCUGAAAAUGGGAGAGAAGAGCCAGGCACAGGGGCUGCCUUCCUCCCCUCCUCCUCAUCCUCAGACCAACGAGAAGGGGACCUCGCGGCCCAGCAGGGACAUCAGUGGGCGCCUCACCUGCCCCCUGCUCUCCGUCACCCUCCUGGUAUCCUUCGGCUCCUCCAUGCUCUAUGGCUACAACCUGGCCGUGGUGAACUCGCCAGCGGCGCACAUAAAGGCCUUCUACAACGCCACGUGGUCCCAGCGCUAUGGGCACGGGCUGCCCCCUGGGCCCCUCACCCUCCUCUACUCUCUGACCGUCUCCGUCUUCGCCCUGGGCGGGUUGGGGGGCUCUUUGCUGGUGGGGACUCUGGUGGCACACUAUGGCAGGCACGGCACGCUGGGACGCAGCGCUCUGCUCGUCCUCCUGGCCGGUGGCCUCAUGGCCUUCAGCCGACAGCUGGCAGCCCCCGAGAUGGUGAUCAUCGGCCGUGCCAUCACCGGGCUGCACUCAGGUAUCUGUCUCAGCGUGGUGCCCCUCUACCUGGGAGAAAUCGCUCCCAAGAACCUGCGGGGUUUCCUGGGCCUCCUGCCCAGCAUCUUCAUCUGCCUGGGGGUGUUCUGCGCACAGGUGCUGGGGCUGCCUGAGCUGCUGGGCCAGGACGGGUACUGGCCCCUGUUCCUAGCGGUGGUGGCUAUCCCUGCCUCCCUCCAGCUCCUGCUGCUGCACUGCUUCCCAGAGAGCCCACGGUUCCUACUGAUAGAGAGGAAUGAUGUCUGUGGGGCAACUGAGGCGCUGCGCCGGUUCCUGGGGACACCUGAUGUGCAGGAGGUGCUGGAGGAGAUGAAGGAGGAGCAGCAGUCCCUCUCCUCGGUGCAGACGGUCUCUGUCCGACAGCUGCUGCGGGACGGCUCGGUGCGCUGGCAGACCCUCUCGGUGGCGGUGGUGAAUGUGGGCAUGCAGCUCUCAGGGAUCGAUGCCAUCUGGUUUUACACCAACACCAUCUUCCAGAACGCAGGGAUCCCCAAAUCCCAGAUCCCGUACACCACUGUGGGCACCGGCGCCAUUGAAGUUGUUGCGGGGCUGAUUGGGUGCUUCACCAUUGAGAAGCUGGGCCGGCGGCCCCUCAUCAUCACCGGGUUCUGUGCCAUGGGCACUUGCCUGGCAGGCAUCACCGGCUGCCUGCUGCUUCAGACUGCCCUGCCCUGGAUGCGUUACGUCGCCGUCGCCUGCGUGGUGGGCAUCAUCGCUGGGUUCUGCAUGGGGCCAGCUGGCGUCCCCUUCCUGAUGACAGCCGAGCUCUUCACGCAGUCCCACCGCUCGGCUGCCUAUGUCCUGGGGGGUUCUCUCAAUUGGCUCUGCAAUUUCACCAUCGGCUUCAUCUUCCCGUUCCUUCAGAUGUCAACCGGUGCCUUUUCCUACUUGGUUUUCUGUGGGGUCUGCCUGCUGGUGGCCCUCUAUGUCUACCUCAUCGUCCCCGAGACCAAGAACAAGACCUUCGUGGAGAUCAGCCGUGUCUUUGCUGCCCGCCAACCCCUCGCCCCACCGUGCCAUGUGGGGCUGCUGAGGCUCCGUGGAUAUACGAUGCGCAUGGGAACAGCGACUGGUCCGUAUGGAUCCCUACUGCCUGGUCACACCGUGGAAGCAGAGAUCACGGCCCCAUAGCAUCCUCCACGUCCCCCUCCCGACUCUGCUGCUCUCGGCAGCAGAACAGAGCGGUAAAUAUGUGCAGCAUUACAUAUGUAUAAUGGAGUGUAAAUAACCCCAAAAA